AUGCCGCGAACACCUCCGCCGGAGGUAAUUGCGUCCUGGCCAGCUCCCAACUUCGUCAACCCGGAAACCCGCGGUCCAGUAAAGGACAUUGUCACCAUUACACUAUGGGUCAUCGUUACCGGCAUCCUUACUCUCAGGAUAUAUACGCGGAGAUACAUCUCUCGAAGAGUCGGCUGGGAUGAUGUCCUCGUCACGGCAUCUUACGUUACGGCCACUGCCUUUCUCAUCGUUGGCAUCAUUGUCGAACAUGGCUAUGGAUGGGCCAAACAUAUCUGGGAUAUCCCCGUAGAUGACGUCGUGACGGGGUUUCAGCUCGCCCUCGUCAGCUUCUCCCUCUUCGACUUCGCAACAACCUUCACCAAACUCUCCGUCCUCGCCCUAGUCUACCGCCUCGCCACCCCCGUCUCCAACCGCAUUCGCAAAUUCGUCAUCUUCCUCAUCGUCCUCAACCUCCUCGGCAUGAUCAGCUACCUCGUCGUGCUCUUCACCCAAUGCCGCCCCAUCUCCGACUACUGGGAAAUUUUCAAGCCCGCCGACGAGCGCAACUGCCUCAACGAGGGCCGCGGCAUCCUCAUCGCCGGAACCUAUAACACCGCCAUGGACUUCAUCCUCGUCAUACUGCCCAUGUUCGUUGUCCUUCGAUCUAAUACCUUGCCCCGGAGGCAAAUGAUGGUUGUUAUGGCGCUGUUCGCCACGGGUUGGGUGGCUUGUCUUGCUGGGAUUGUGAGGACGUAUCUUAUGUUUAUUAUGACGACGUCUGCGGAUUUUGACAUGACGUGGCAUUCGUGGAUCUCUUGGCUUGCGAGUGCCAUUGAGCUAUUUCUUGGAAUCAUUUGUGUUUCCAUUCCCGCCACCAAACCAUUCUUCGUCCGCUACGUCCCUCGCCUCUUUGACUCCAUGUCUCCUCGAUCUAACCUAGAGACUGGAACUACGAAGAACGCCGAGUCGGAGAACGAGGUGCCUAUCGUCUUCGUCAAGGAGAUUCAGACAAGACCUCGUUUGCCUCCAGAUUUGAACAAGCCGUUGCCGCCAUUAGCAAACGGCAUAAGGGACCUAAAAGACAAGCGUCGUGCUGGCUAG